AUGUCUCAACAAACCGAGUCUCAAGUGAAUAAAACGGUUCCGGACGAAAUGCCGUCAGCGACUCCCAUUUUGAUUGGACGCCUACUGUCAGAAAGGAAAUUCCUUGUAGACGAGCAGGCACAAGUUAAACAUUUAGACGCAUCUGCAAUUCCCGCCUCCUCUACUGUAUACUUGAGAAAUUGUGAAAAUGGAGAAUACUUUCUCGAUAGUGUUUGUACCAAAGUCAUGAUUGAGAACUGCAAAAAUCUCACCAUAAUCGCUAAUGACAAAAUCAUCACUUCGACUAUCGAAGUAUGGAAGUCUUCCAAUGUGUCUUUUAAGCUUAAUACCCAGGUUCAGACUGUUCAAGUUGACGAAUGUGGUACUAUUGAUAUUGAGUAUGACAAGCCGUCGGCUUUCCAUUCUGUUGUCUGGACUGCGACCAGUGAAUUGAAAUUGAGGAUUCUUGAAAACGGUGAAGAAAAGUAUAGUUUGAUUACUGGGGAGAGCAUUCCAAUGCAAGGUGAAACUAAUGAAAGCAUUGAGAAAGUGAAUCCGUAUCAGUAUAUAAUUCGUCUAAUAAAUGGCGCCUUGAAAAGUGAAGAGUUAAUUAGAGCUGAGAAAGGAUUUCCUAUCACCCAAAGAGAACUACAACAUUGGAGAGUGGUUAAUAACAUUCAAGUAUAA